UUAACGUUCAUCACUCUGUGCGCAUUAGCAUUUCGCUGUUGCACAAGGACUUUUGAAUCUUUAAGCACAUUUAAACGGUAGACGGACACAAAAGAACAAGUGUAUAUUUUUAUUUUUUGUACGCGAAACUAAAACAUUUAUCUCGGGCGCGGUCACGUCCGUAUUUCGUCGUUAAUGUACUUGUAGCUAAAGCGGCUAAUGCUAACCGGCUAGCUGUUAUCCUGUCAUAGAGCAGAGCAGAGAGUUGGUCCAUGUGAUUCAAGUUACACUUUAGUCACAGUUUUCCUCUCAAAUAAUGCUACCAACCCAAACGUUAUGUAACACAUGUUAUAAAACAGUGUCGUAGUUGUAUUUAGGUUAAUAUUACCAGCAGAAUGAGGGCUUGUUUUGGUGUUAAAACACAGCUGUUGAUAAGCAGAGUCUUCAGUCAUCCUGUCAGUCCAUCAGCUGCAGUGCGAUGGCGAGCAGCUCAGACCAGACUCUUCUGCAGCCCGCCAACAGGUGAGGAAAAGCCCCAACCCUCCAUGCUGCGACACCUGACCUCCAAAAUAAAAGCCACAGGUCCAAUUACAGUGGCGGAGUACAUGAGAGAGGUGCUCACCAACCCAUUGACGGGUUAUUAUGUGAGGAACAACAUGCUGGGACCUGAUGGAGAUUUCAUAACAUCACCAGAAAUCAGUCAGAUUUUCGGAGAGCUGCUCGGCGUGUGGAUCAUCAGUGAGUGGAUGGGAGCAGGUCGACCCAAACAUCUGCAGCUGGUUGAGCUCGGACCUGGAAAAGGAUCAUUGGCCAGCGACGUCCUCAGAGUGUUCAGUCAGUUGCAGUCCGUGCUGGGUGGAGCCUCGGUGUCACUCCACCUGGUCGAGGUGAGUCCGGCUCUAAGUCGUAUUCAAGCCCAGACUCUGACAGGAAACCACAGCCAAGAGGCAGACGCCAAAGAUGAGCCUGUGUACCGCCAUGGGGAAACUGCUGCAGGGCUGCCGGUGUCCUGGUACCGCCGCUUAGAGGACGUCCCCUCAGGAUUCAGCAUCUUUCUCGCUCAUGAGUUCUUUGACGCUCUGCCGAUCCACAAAUUUCAGAGGACGAAGAAAGGCUGGAGGGAAGUGAUGGUGGACAUCGACCCAGAGAAGCCGGGCCAGCUGAGGUUUGUCGUGGUGCCGUCUCCUACUCUGGCCUCGUCCACGCUCGUAGAGGCAGAUGAAAGGCGAGGUCAUGUGGAGGUGUGUGCGGAGGGCGGAGUCUUUGUCCAGCAGCUGGCCCGGAGGAUCGAAAAUGACGGUGGCGCGGCGCUGAUCGCUGACUAUGGCCACGACGGAACCAAGACCGACACAUUCAGAGGUUUUAAAGGUCACCAGCUCCAUGAUGUCCUGUCCUCCCCCGGCUCGGCCGACCUCACUGCCGAUGUGGACUUUAGCUACCUGCGGAAGAUGGCCGGAGGGGGCGUGGCCUGUCUGGGACCCGUCACUCAGAGGCUGUUCCUGAAAAACAUGGGCAUCGACUCCCGAAUGCAGGUUCUGCUGAGGAACUGCAGCGAUGCGUCCACCAGGAAGCAGCUGAUCAGCAGCUACGACAUGCUGACCAACCCCGCCAAGAUGGGUGAGCGCUUCCUUUUCUUCAGCCUGCUGCACCACAGCCGGCUGGCCGAACCAAAAAAGCAAGUGGGGCUGAAGCUGGAGAAGAAGAGCCCGGCGCCGCUUCCUGUGGCCGGAUUCACUGAACUCAGCUUCUGCUGAUGGUCUUCAACGGUCCAGAGACUUUCAUCAGCAGGGCGGAGAAGGCUGGAAAUGAUCCGAAGUUUUGGAGCUCAGACAUUAAGGGAUGUUUUAGAGGAUCAUGGGACGAUUUACAGCUGAUAUUAAAAAGACUGAAAAGAAACUUGCUGUACUCUACUCUACCAAAUCCACCAUGAAGUGAGUUUUUCUUUAAGUUAACUGUGAAAACAUUUUGAUUUAUUAAUGUAAGAAAAAUAAAGAAUUUCAGCAUUUUA